AAUAUUCUAAAAUAUUUCAAAUAUCUUAAUAUUUGAUUUUUUUCUUUGUAGAGAGUAGCUUAUUCCUAACUUAUUUUUUCUCCUCCUUGAACUUCAAGCAGCCUUUCUCUUGGAUUUGAUUGAACCCAAGUUCCUAUUCUAUUAUUUAUACUGUCUAGGGAUUUGUUAAAAAAACAAGAACCAUACUCUGGAGUGGUAGCUUGAAAAAUCAGAAUUAAAAGUGAAGUGACUCAAUGGAUUUCUUCACAGGAUCACCAAAACAUUCCUGGCAGCCAGUCAUGACUGCUGAUACAACCACCCCUAGUUAUUGGUUGAACUGGAGAUUUUUCCUCUCUGCAAUUUGGGUCUUGAUCCCUAUGGUUCUAGCAUCAAUACUGAUAUGGAAAUAUGAAGGCUCCAACACUUCAAAACCUGACAGAGGAGAAACCCAGCAAGAACCAGUAGGGAUUUUAUAUGAGGAUGAAGCUUGGAGGACAUGUCUGAAAGAUAUCCACCCUGCUUGGCUAUUGGCUUUCCGAAUAAUUGCCUUCUCUGUGCUGUUGGCAUUGCUCGUUCUCAAUGUCAUUGUUGAUGGAGCUGGCAUACUUUAUUUCUAUACUCAAUGGACUUUUAUGCUGGUUACCAUUUAUUUUGGGCUCGGUUCAUUGCUCUCCAUUUAUGGAUGUUUCCAAUUUCGCAAUAGAGUUGGCGGUGACGAUACUCAUCAUGUGGGCUUAGAAGCAGAAGGCGGCACCUAUGUAGCUCCCAUUCAUGGGGGAAAUGUGAAUAUGUGCAGCACAACAAAGAGCUCAGAUCCCCAGGAAGGAAGUCAUAUUCACCAAACUGCUGGCAUUUGGUGUUAUGUCUUCCAAAUUAUUUUUCAGAUAACUGCUGGUGCUGUAAUGCUCACUGAUUGCGUUUUUUGGCUUAUCAUUUUUCCAUUUCUUACCAUGAAAGACUACAAUCUGAAUUUUUUGCUGGUUGGUAUGCAUUCAGUGAAUGCUAUUUUCCUCCUUGGGGAUACGGCUUUGAAUUGCUUACGAUUUCCUUGGUUUAGGAUCGCUUACUUCAUUUUGUGGACGGGUAUAUUUGUGAUCUUCCAGUGGAUCAUCCAUGCUAGUGAAUCAAUUUGGUGGCCAUACCCAUUUCUUGACCUGUCUUCACCAUACGCUCCACUAUGGUAUUUGUUAGUGGGGUUGAUGCAUAUUCCCUGCUACAGCAUUUUUGCUUUGAUAAUGAAGAUGAAAAAUUUGUCUCUGAAAAGAUGGUUCCCUGAUUCUUAUCUAUGUAUGAAGUAAACACUAGCAUAAAAUUAGCAAAGCCAACCAUUUCCCGACCAUACAGAAUUGCGAACUGGGGGUUUAUCCCUGUCGCAAGUGGGUAGCUGAACAAGGUCACUACUCCAUAGGAGAGCACACCUUUAGAACAGCAGAGAGGGAUGUACAAAGACAACUCAAGUAACUUUCAAGAAUCAAUUCCUUACAAAAUUCAAAAAAGUAUUUCUGAUUGUAUGGAUAACUUUCAAAAUUUAUGUUUCAGAAAUAUGUGAUUGAUGCUG